UGCCUAUAUCUCUAAAAGCCAACGAGUCUGUGACUUAUCUUGUAAUAGGGAGUCAGGUCUGUCUUCAGGAUGUUGUUCGCUGUACCUAUCCUGCUUCUGUCGGCCUCUGUCGCUGAUUCUACGAGUUCAGCUCUUGCUACACCUAGCCAUGGGGUAGACAUAGAAACCUCUCACAACCAGAUCCACGUGGGAUUCACCAACCAGCUGACAAUCAACUGUACUUUCACGCAAACACAGGGCUCUAACUUUAGCACCAUCUUGUCGCUGAUACUGUCCAAGACUGCUUCUGCUAACGACUCUACCUACAGAGAAGUUGCUUCUAUUACGGCGUUUUCGAACGAUAAAGUAGACGAAAAAGACACGAUGGGAGCACAAGUGACUGGUCACCACAGAAUAGAUGCUUAUUCCUUCAUCGCUCUAGAGGUACAGUACAUGGAUUGUCCGUCAAUUCCUUCUUUUUUGCUUUAGUAAUAAGAGUUUUACGGCACUUGCAACACAUCAAGGUCAUAGAA